ACAAAAAAAUUAGCUUAGACUGGUUGUUAGUCGUUACAGACACGGACAGUGCAACAGGUACCAGAGCUCCGCAAAGACAUUUUAGAAAAGUUAACAUUAGUUAAAUAUUUGUUAAAAAAUAAAUCAGUAUUUACUAACCUGAAGGCAAAUUACUUUCAAAAAGAACCAGCGUUGGCGGUUAGCCACCAAGAGUAGCCACUGGGACUAACCACAGACAGUCUAUGGGACUAACUAGCUUACUGCUACUUCCGCUAUCUCCCUGGAAGUUGGGCCCAUAAUCCUUUCUACAGUAGGCCUAGUGUCCUUAAGAAUAAGGUGGAUAGGAGAAUACUUAUGAACCAAAACACACUAUGAUUAGUCACACUGCACUGAAGCAGUUUGGCUAAUGGGGUUUUAAACCCUUUAAAUAAAUAUUUUACUUACUUUCUGAGGGUAAUAACACACGGUUUGACUGAAAAAAUGAUUGUAUGCUAGAGGAAGACCCCGUGUGCAGGCCAUUUAGAGCUCAUCCACCUUUACAUUAAAGCCACUACGACAUGUUCUCCAGUGAACUAACGUUAAUCAGUUGUAACUACCCAGCGCGCGCCCACCGGUCACCUCACAGCUCAGUUGCAGUGAGUGGAGCAGAGCCGCGCGCACGCAGAGAUCACCGGCCGUUGCUUGUUAUUAACGUUAAUAACGUUAUCUCUCGCGUCACUCAAGUCCCCAACAUCGACUGCUGCCGCUGCGCAGGAGGAGGACGGGACUGCGGUCCAGGUGCACCGCUGUGAUUGAGAGACAGUGAAGUUUUAACGCUACGGAGAAGAAAAGAGAUAAACCCACAGCUAACGGACGGCGCCCUGAUUUGUCGACAAGUGUUUAUCUGUUAAACGAAGCUCGCCGACGGCUUUUUAUCGGUGAUGGGAUUCCUUCAGGAGCGACCUACCGCCUAACGUUAACCCCCUUUAAGGUAUUCUUGUGAAAACAGUAGAUAACUGGAUAAAGAACAUCUCUUCAAAAAUCAGGAUGGACACUAAAGCUGUCACGUUUUGCAAGUUUUUGAUGCCUAUUCUGAGAACUCACUAACUUUUGGGAGAUAAACUGUUCAUAGUAAGAGGAUUUUAUCACACAGCUUUGGUUUUUCACGUGCCGGCGUUUCAGGAAACGUAAUGGAGACAGAGGAGAAGGAUGAUGUGUCACAAAAACCCACAGCUAAUAAAAAGGCAGAGCCAAAGGAAGAUGUGAAUUCUGGCCACAUUUGUGGGGUGUGUGGCCGCAGCUUUCCUCUUCUCAGCUCUCUGUCACAGCACAUGAGAAGACACACACGGGAGAAGCCGUACAAGUGUCCGUACUGUGAGCACAGGACGGCUCAGAAGGGCAGUCUGAAGGCUCACAUUCGAAGCCAUAAACUGGGUCUAUUCAGCCAUAAUCUCAGUGACAAGGAGGGGAAUGGAAAUCAAGAGCAGAAAGAUAACGCAAAGACACCUGACGCUCCGGAAAUCGUCAACACAUCUGACAAAGCUCAUAAUGUCAACGGGAAAGUGAAGAAGAAAGGAAACAAGAAAAAAGUAAAGGGUAAAGACGCUGAGGUCGGUGACGGAGCUGAUGAUGGGCCCUGUACCUGCAGCAUCUGUGGCCAGGUUUUCCCUCAGGUACUACGCCUUAAGUCCCACAUGAAAAAGCACCGAAGCCCCCAGGAUCACGGUUGCCGGAUUUGUGGUCGUCGUUUCCGCCAGGCAUGGUUCCUCCAAAGUCAUAUGCGGAUUCACAGGGUCAAAGCCCAGCUAAGAGGUGGCAAAAGCAAUGAGCCGCCUGCCACCAUCAAUGGAGUUCCUCAGGACCCAACAUCGCUGACAAAUGAAGAGUGCCUCUAUGAGCUCUGUGCCGGCUGUGGUAACUUCUUCUAUGACCGUAAGGCAUUGCGAAUGCAUGAAAAGCUACACAAACCGAACCACAGCCGCACUCAGACACAAAAUCCACCACAGCAAGACACUGGCGCCUCGCAGUUGGACAUUACUAAGAGGUGUUUUUUGGAAAGCCUGAACCUCACAUGUGCUGGACCGAGGGAGGCUUCUGAGGAAAAUAGCCUGGGCAGGCGAAUCUCAGAGCUGGAUCCAGUUUGUAGUUACCAAGCCUGGCAGUUGGCCACAAGGGGACGACUAGUGGAGGCCGCAGAGAAAUGUCUGGGAUGGGAGGAGAGGCUGGCAGAUGCUGAGGUAGCAUAUGACACAGAGAAGGGCGAGUAUGUACCCCUGAAGCAGGAGAAGAAGAGGAAGCAAAUCGACACCUCCAGCUCCAACAUUAAGAAGAUGAAGGGUGAUACAAGCCUCGAUCACACAUCCAACAGCUUGGCUCACACUAAAGGUGGUGACAAGAGGAUUUCCCAGAAAGACCGUAUUCUGUUGAACGGACUUGGUCAUGCAUUUUAUGAGGCGCUGCAGACUAAGAAAGUCAAAGAUGUCCGCCUGACACCUAAACAGACCAACAGCACCAGGGGCCCAGACCAGGAGGAUAAAAAGACGUACUUCUGUGAGCACUGUGAUUUCCACACUGUCGACGCCUCACUACUCAGGUCACACCUGCACAGGCAGCACCAGGACUUCCUGAGUCCCUACAGCAAACACAGCACCGUGUUGAACAACAUUAACCAGAGUGGUUCCAAAGCCUCAAGAUACAUGGACUACCUCAGAAACAGGAGUGCGCUGCUCAGUCAGCCAUACUGGAAUCCUUACACGUGUCCGCUCGGCCAGGGGUCAGCAGAGUCCUGCAUUAAAACAGAAAAGCCAAAUGGUGCUGAGAUCAAAGGACAAGGACAUACUACUAAUGAUGCUGGAAGUCUCCUUAAUUUGUCUUCAUUACCCAUAAAUGAAGGAGACGGCACUGUAAAUGAUCCCAUAAAGACAGAGGGCCUGGUGAGACAUCAGUGCCCAUACUGCUCCCACACCACUAACUAUCCAGAAGUACUGUGGAUCCAUCAGCGAGUUGCACACAGGGUGGACAGCAGCAGUUCCAUGGCACCCAAGUGGGCACCCUGCACCAACAGCCUCAAGAGUUUAAAGGCAGGUGCUACCCACUGGCGACGCACAGGGCCUCCACCAUUCCUCGAGGGCAAGGACUGCCCUGCUUUACCUGCUCCAAGAACUCAGCGCACACAGCCUCCAGGUUUGACAACCCACAGCAGCAGCAGCAGCAGCAGCAGCAGCAACAACAAGCACUCAGCCCCCAAGAGCCAAUCAGGCACCCCAAAGUCCAAGCAUCCGGCUAAGGACUCACGCUCCUCAGAUGGGACACAGUCUAGUGGGAGGAUGGGACUCCUACCUCAGAAGAAGUCUGGUGAGCAUAACCGGGCAGAGAAAGCAGGAAGUAAAAGCUCCAGCACCCAAGCUACUUCAUCAAGCAGUAUUGUGCACAACAAGAGUGCCCCGAGUUUCCAGCCUACAAGCAGCCCGAAACACAGAGGCCACAGAGCUGCAGUGGAAGGAAACUUCCCACAGGAGGGUUUGGGUUUCAUGUUGGCCAGAAAUCAUGGCGGGACUUCAUCUAACGCUUCUGCAGAUAGACCCCAUUCCCGCAGGCACUCAUGUGACUCCUCCUCAGGUCCCAAGGGUCCUGAUCUGUGGGCUGCCAUGAACAUGUGGGGUCACAAAGCAUAUUUAGAACCCCUCCGCUAUGCUCAGGUAAAGAAUGACUCAACAGGAGAAAUGCCAAUGGACACUGAUAUUUUGAGUCUCCUAAAAAACUACACUCCCCUCGAUCUGGCUGCCCAUUACCAGCAAUGGAGGUUCGUUGAUCCGAGGAUUGAUCCACAAGCAAUGUUGCAGUUAAUUGGAAAUUUUGGAAAAGAAGUCCACUCCACCUCUGAAGCUUCCAAACAAGUGAACAGCCACUCCACUUCCUCCUCAGGGUCUCUCCAUAAAGGAACGUGAAGAUACACUGUGUUCCUGCUGGCUUCCAGCCGGCACGACACUGCUGAACAAAUCGGCCUGCUGUUCUUUAAAGGAACCAGCCAUAACUCCUAAAAGACAGAGGCACUGGAUAAUGCACAAUACAUGCAAAGCAACAAGGAGGACUGUUAUUAUUUUGUAAUAUGGUUGUUUAAUUUGAAGUGUUACGCAUGCUUUUGUUUGUGUAGAUGUUAGUUACCAAAACACACACGGAGAUAUUGUUCUAUGGAAAUGAGGUAUGAACUGUUUUAGUUUAUUGCGAACACAAACACUUAGGGGGGAAACGAAAUGUGAAGCUACGUUUGCGAAAGGAUAAAGAGGACGUAUUGGCUAAAGGCCCACAGAUAUCUGCUGGGUUUGAGUGAAAACAUUUAAAAAACACCAAAUGUUAAAAACCAGGAUGCCACGAGAAAUAUUCUGAAGUACUUCAAAAGAUGUAAAGUCUGACCUGAAGAUUAUACAUCACUUUUACCUCUCUCUAUGUAGGUGUCAGUUUGUUGUUUUUUUAUGGAGCCUACGAGCUUGUAAAUCAUCCUUUUUGGUUUUUGGUUUAGAGUUAGCAUUUGAUUGUCUCAACAUUCAGAAUGUUCAGCAGGGCACUGGAAUAUAAAUUGCAGCUCAUUGUCACCGUUCAGGUUUAUGUCCACAUUCACAUAAUUAUUCAAAUCUGGAUAUGAAAGUUGACACUUGUCAUCCAUCACCACGCUAUGACAAGUAUAAUGCUGGUAAAAUCUGAAGCGUCAAAGUCAAGCAAAGGUUGACAUUCACAGUUUUAACUAAAAAUGAACAAAGUCAUGAUCUCACUGUGAGGCACUAUGGGGUGGUUUAAUUACAGCUAAAUCAGGAUUUAGAAAUAUAAGCUCAUAACCCCACGCACAUAAAAGGGAUAGUACAGAUUUUUUUGAAGUGGGGUUCUAAGAGGUACUUUUCUAUAGUCAGUGUAUUACCUACAGUAGAUGACGGUUGGCAUGCCCUCACUUUGGAGAAGCAGACAGGAGUCCCACCUCAGGAGAUAAGCAAUGCACUGCUGUGGACACGGGCAGCAGCAAAAUGUAUUUUAGCCACCCCCCAAAAAAUAUCACUUUGCCUGGAGACAGCUCUUUUCAACAGUGAAGCUGGUAUCUAUGCUCUCUUCAAAGCCACCAGACUCCUUUGACAAAAACAGUAAGUUUACCACACAGUACAGGAGUUGCUAGUCUACUGCUGCCUUGAAUGGUUAGUUUAUGUCAGUGUGUGAUUCUGGUGUUUUUGUGUUAUUGUGUGAGGUGUUUUAAAGGGCUAGUUCUGUCACACAGUAACAGAAACAAACUAGCUGAUCGAGGCAGUGGUAGACCAGCAACUCCUGCUUUCUGUGAGGUAAAAUUACUGGUUUUGUCAAUGAUGUCUAGUGGCUUAAUAAUAAUUGCUUCAGUUUCCUGUCAAAAAUGUCUGACGGCAAGAAAAAGCAGUCAAGAUAUUCUAAAAAUAGCGUACACUUAAGCUGAUAUUGAUAUGUUGUAGAUUGCUGAAUAUGUUUUGCUCAUGCCCCCAUAAUAUUCAGGUAAUACUCCAACUAUGGAUAAAUACCUCAUACAACCCCACUUCAAAAAUUCUGAACUAUCCCUUUAAGAGAAACAGGAUGCACUGGUAUGACUUCAACUCAAAUAACUGGAAAAAAAAUCUCAUAACAUUACGUUUGCAACGUUUUUACAAGCUUUUUGUACAAACACUACAAAACCUUUCCACACUUUUGACAUAGCAUGAUCAUACCCAAAGCAACUUGAUUUUCUUUAUGUUAAUUCACUCUGGGUCAGUGUAUAUCCAUAUACACCCACAUUGAUUAGUGCUGAAGGGGUUCUUCAGUAUAUCAACCAUCUUCUGCUACAAUCUGUAGUGCCAGUGGCCAGGUUAACUAACCACUCGCUUCCAGUUUGAAGCCUCAAAUUAUACUACUUAAAGGAGCAGUGUGUAGGAUUUAGUGGCAUCUAGCUGUGAGGUUGCAGAUUGCAGCCAACUGAACACCGCUCUGCUCACCACAGGGCGAACAAGCAGCAACCUCCGGGGCUGAAAAAUGAAGCCAACGCAGAGGUGCCAAAAAUUGCAGUCCCUUGAAUGGCCACUUGAGGCAAGCCCCAAAAGCGAGUCAAUCCUCCCAAACAACCACAUAAAAAUGCCCAACUUUACGGCACAGAUAAAGCUAAUUUCCCUGUUCAUGACAUCUGGAAGGGGGGGUGGAUUUUUAUAUAAGUCACCUGUUUAAAUUUGUCCAAAUAUGGUCACCUCAGGUCAUAUCUGGUUCCAAAAAUCUAAGAUGCCGACAGCCAAAAUGCCAAACUCAAGGCUUCAAAACAGCAUCCACAAACCAAUAGCUGACAUCACAGUGGCUACAUGCGUUAUCUUAGUACAGUCUAUGUGCAAAAGGCCAUCUCUAGAGCCAGUGCUUGGUUUGUCUGUUCUGGGCUACUGUAGAAACGUGGAGGACUGCGUUGAGGAGGACCCACUCGUGGAUAUUAUAUUCCAUUUCUGCCAAUAGAGCCCUCUAAAUCCAACGAACUGAACCUUUCAUGUAAAUCAGCAAUAACUAGCCUUGUGUUUUUAAACGGUUACUUAAUCCAUGGUAAAUCCAUAACCACUGACAAACCUAAGAUCCAGAAGAGACAAUCAACUAAUGUGAAAAAAACAAACAGAAAUAUUGGUGGCCAUUAUCGUAGCCAGUCUGUCAAGCACAUUUGUGUCAAAAUGACUGAUUAACAACAAAAUGUGGUGUCCUGCUUUAUGAUUAAGUUUGAAAUAUAAAUGCUAUAAUCUGUCCUUUUAUUCUCCGAUCAGAAAGAUGGUCUAAACAUCUGCACUCAUUUCACAUUGUGCUAGUGACGUAGCAAUUUAAUGCUGUGAUUUUUUUUUUUUUUUUAGAAGUAGAGACUGUAGCGAUAACUUUUACUGACGUGGCCCUGACCUCCAUCUGCCAGUCGUGCUACUGAAGAGGCUGCAAAGUAUUUUGUUUUUGACUUUUUGAACUCACCUCAUUCUGACAUUUGUUUUCAUGUGUUUUCUGUUUGCAGAUUUGUUUAGUAUGUUUAAAUCUUUUAGUUCUGGGUCAGUGUAUUCAUCUCCCAUAGAGAAGUAGUCUAUGCAUUUGACAAAAAGCCAUCAACUUAUGGAUUCUUGGGAGAUCUUGAGAAUACAUAAUUUAUUAUUGACCUUGAUCUGUGUGGAAAACUUUUUUUUUUUUGAUAAAUAUUGUAAAUGAUUUAUUUAUUGGUAUUUUUUGUUCGCUAAGAGUGUAAUUUUAACACUCAUAAGUACUUGAUAUUUGUAGUAACAAGAGAAAAUGUUAAAAAAAAAAAAAAAAUUCUUUCAGUGACACACUUGGGGUCAGACUGCAGGGUCAGUUGGGAGUGAUGCUCCUGCAGGAGGAGUUAUUGAGCCUGUGAUGCAGCAGCUGUCUGUAAUAUAAGGACAGCUGAGCAGGCGAGGAGCAACAGGAGACUAUGAAACAGUGAUUUUUAUGCAAGCCUGAACUUUUAUGCAAACCUAAAGCUUAAAAUUGAGCUGUAACAGGGUUUUUGGUGACAAUGUAAACUAUGUUUCAUAGUAAUAAUAUGUUGGUAUCAGAAUUUCUAUUUUCACCAGUUCCACAUUUUGUCUGACUGUUAAAGUACACAAAUAAAGUUGGUCAA